UUCAGUUCAGAGAAACUGAAACUGAAGUGAAGUUGAGCAGUUGUGUGUUCGUGUCUCAGUGUUCAUGCAGUAAAAUGACAGAAGGCAGAAUUUCUCAGGAUGAGUUCAAGUGUCCAGUGUGUCUGGAUCUCCUGAAGGAUCCAGUGACCAUUCCCUGUGGACACAGUUACUGUAAGAGCUGUAUUACAGGCUGCUGGGAUCAGGAGGAUCAGAUGAGAGUCUACAGAUGCCCUCAGUGCAAACAGACCAUCAGUCCAAGACCUGCUUUAGCAGAAAACACCAUGCUGGCUGAAGUGCUGGAGAAACUGAAGAAGAGAAAACUUCCUGCUGACUGUUACGCUGGAGCUGGAGAUGUGCAGUGUGACGUCUGUACUGAAAGAAAAUACAAAGCUGUCAAGUCCUGUCUGGUGUGUCUGGAGUCUUACUGUCAGAAUCACCAUGAACAACAUGAGAGUUUCUUUAAAAGAAAGAGACACAAUCUGACUGAAGCCACUGGACGACUGCAGGAGAUGAUCUGCCAAACACAUGAUAAACUCCUUGAGGUUUUCUGCCGCACUGACCAGAAGUUUAUAUGUGUGCUGUGUACGAUGGAUGAACAUAAAAACCACGACACUGUAUCAGCUGCAGCACAGAGGACAGAGAAACAGAACCAGCUGAAGGAGAUGCAGAAGUCGUUCCAGCAGAGGAUCCAGCAGAGAGAGAAAGAUCUUCAGCAGCUGAGAGAGGCUGUAGAGUCUCAUAAGAGCUCUGCACAGACAGCAGUGGAGGACAGUGAAAGGAUCUUCACUGAGCUCAUCCGCUCCAUUGAGAGAAGCCGCUCUGAGGCCACACAGCGGAUCAGAGAUCAGGAAAAGACUGCAGUAAGUCGAGCUGAAGGACGACUGGAGCGACUGGAGCAGGAGAUCAAUGAUCUGAGGAGGAGAAACGCUGAGCUGGAGCAGCUUUCACACACACAGGAUCACAUCCAUUUCCUGCAGAGUUUCCAGUCCCUCUCAGCUCCUCCUGGAUCUACAGAUGUAAAUGAUGAUCCCUUCGGUUCUCUCUCCUCUUUUGAUGUCUUGAGAGAAUCUGUCCUUCAGCUGAGAGACAAACUGGAGGAUUUCUGCAAAGAGGAGCUCAAGCUCAAGAUCUCUGACAGAGUCACUUUCACCAACAUUGUUCCCAGGACCUGGAACAACUUCCUACAAUAUUCCCAUCAGCUCACUCUGGAUCUGAACACAGCACAUAAACGCCUCCGUCUGUCUGAGAGGAAAAGAGUGAUUAAAUCAACUCCCAGAGAUCAGUCGUAUCCUGAUCGUCCAGGCAGAUUUGAUUUUUAUCAUCAGGUGUUGUGUAGAGAGAGUGUGUGUGAUCAACGCUGUUACUGGGAGAUUGAGUGGAAGGGGAAUAAUGUGUCUAUAUCAGUGUCAUAUAAGAGCAUCAGCAGGAAGGGACGGGGAAAUGAGUGUCAGUUUGGAUAUAAUGAUCAGUCCUGGAGUUUGAGGUGCUCUUCCUCCAGAUACUCAUUCAUACACAAUAGCAGAAAGACUGAACUCUCUGUAAAGUCCAUCAUCAGCAGUAGAAUAGGAGUGUAUGUGGAUCACAGAGCAGGAACUCUGUCCUUCUACAGCGUCUCUGGAGACACAAUGAGCCUCAUCCACACAGUCCAGACCACAUUCACUCAACCGCUCUAUCCUGGGUUUAGGGUUUAUAAAUUAUCAUCAGUAAAACUGUGCUUUGAAGUAAAGUUGAGGUGUUGUGGGCUUGUGUCUCUGUAUUCAUGCAGUAAAAUGGCAGAAGUCGGAAUUUCUCAGGAUGAGUUCAAGUGUCCAGUGUGUCUGGACCUCCUGAAGGAUCCAGUGACCAUUCCCUGUGGACACAGUUACUGUAAGAGCUGUAUUACAGACUUCUGGGAUCAGGAGGAUCAGAUGAAAGUCUACAGAUGCCCUCAGUGCAAACAGACCUUCAGUUCAAGACCUGCUUUAGCUAAAAACACCAUGCUGGCUGAAGUGCUGGAGAAACUGAAGAAGACUAAACUUCCUGCUGACUGUUACGCUGGAGCUGGAGAUGUGCAGUGUGACGUCUGUACUGGAAGAAAACACAAAGCUGUCAAGUCCUGUUUGGAGUGUCUGAACUCUUACUGUCAGAAUCACCUUGAAGAACAUGAGAGUUUCUUUAAAAGAAAGAGACACAAUCUGACUGAAGCCACUGGACGACUGCAGGAGAUGAUCUGCCAAACACAUGAUAAACUCCUUGAGGUUUUCUGCCGCACUGACCAGAAGUUUAUAUGUGUGCUGUGUACGAUGGAUGAACAUAAAAACCACGACACUGUAUCAGCUGCAGCACAGAGGACAGAGAAACAGAAGCAGCUGAAGGAGACGCAGAGGUUGUUCCAGCAGAGAAUCCAGCAGAGAGAGAAAGAUCUUCAGCAGCUGAGAGAGGCUGUGGAGUCUCAUAAGCGCUCUGCACAGACAGCAGUGGAGGACAGUGAGAGGAUCUUCACUGAGCUCAUCCCCUCCAUUGAGAGAAGCUGUUCUGAGGCCACACAGCAGAUCAGAGAUCAGAAAAAGACUGCACUGAGUCGAGCCGAAGGACGACUGGAGCGUCUGGAGCAGGAGAUCAAUGAUCUGAGGAGGAGAGAUGCUGAGCUGGAGCAGCUUUCAUACAUACAGGAUCACAUCCAUUUCCUGCAGAGUUUCCAGUCUCUCUCAGCUCCUCUUGAAUCUACAGAUGUAGAUGACGAUCUCUUCAGUUCUCUCUCCUCUUUUGAUGGCGUGAGAGAAUCUGUCCUUCAGCUGAGAGACAAACUGGAGGAUUUCUGCAAAGAGGAGCUCAAGAAGAUCUCUGACAGAGUCACUUUCACCAACAUUGUUCCCAAGACCAGGAAUGACUUCCUACAAUAUUCUCAUCCGCUCGCUCUGGAUCUGAACACAGCACAUAAAUACCUGUCUGAGAAGAACAGCAUUAUUAGAUUAGCUGGCACAGUCCAGCCGUAUCCUGAUCCAGAUCAUCCAGACAGAUUUUAUUAUUAUCAUCAGGUGUUGUGUAGAGAGAGUGUGUGUGGACGCUGUUACUGGGAGAUUGAGUGGAGUGGACUUGAAGUGUAUAUAUCAGUGUCAUAUAAGAGCAUCAGCAGGAAGGGACGGGGUCGUGAGUGUUUGUUUGGAUAUAAUGAUCAGUCCUGGAGUUUGUUCUGCACUCCUGACAGUUACUCAUUCAUACACAAUAACAUAGAGACUGAACUCACCGUAGUGUCCAUCAGCAGUAGAAUAGGAGUGUAUGUGGAUCACAGUGCAGGAACUCUGUCCUUCUACAGCAUCUCUGGAGACACAAUGAUCCUCAUCCACACAGUCCAGACAACAUUCACUCAACCACUCUAUCCUGGGUUUAGGGUUUAUAAAGCAACAUCAGUGAAACUGUGUUGAUGAAUCAGAAUAGACUGAUUCUACCCAUAAUACUUUGAGCUGCAUGAUAAUUCAGUGACUGAUUAUCUAGUCAAGUCAGCGUGUGACAAAGGAUAGAGGCUUGACACAGAAAGAUGUUAAAAACUUUUAUCUAAUAAACAUCAGGGAUAAACACCAGCAGGAAACAUUAACACAAGACAAUGAACAUAAGAUGACUGAGGGUUUAAAGUGUUAGUUCACCCCAAAAUUAAAAAUUCUGUGAUUAAUUACUCACCCUCACGUCAUUCCAAACCCUUAAGACUUUCAUUCUUCUUCAGAAAACAAAUAAAGAUCUUUUUGAUGACAGAAUGCUGUCAGAUUUCCUAACAUAGACUGCAUUUGUAACUACCACUUUGACGCUUCAAAAACUUCAUAAAGAGAUCGGAAAACGAAUCCGUAUGAAUCGAGCAGUUUAUUUCAGAUUUUCUGAAGAGAAUCGAUCACUUCUUAUGAUGAACACAUUUAAUUUAGGCUUUUACUCGCAUGUAAACAUUGAUCAGCGAACAUAAGCAGAAGCUCAACCUAACCUGAAUAACACACCAGAACAAACCUCUUCCGGAAGCUCAAAUGUGCUGCGUAACACACGAGAAUGAACGUUAUUGGUUAAGAGUCCAUGAAGACAUACAGGCAGUGGCAUAGCGCAAAUCUGCAGGGCCCCACCAUGAGCCGAAAUUUUUCAAAGAGGAGCUAGGCAAAUAGCCUGAUCUUUUAUUAUCCUCACAGCACGUCAGGUUUGCGGUGACACGCUAUGAAAUUAAUGCAGAGCAAAUAUAUUAUAAUAUUAAUUUAAUAAUGAAAGUAGCCUAAAUUAAUAGUAAAAAAUAAUAGACUAGAAGAAUGUAACUGGCCUACUGUAACACAGUUCGUAUGAUGGGGGAAGAAGGAGGCGGGAACCGGCGAACAUUCAAACAAUAAACUUUAAUAAAAUAAACAAAGAACAAAACGAAAGUAAUGCCGGCAGACCCUCGCGGACGUCUGCCGGCCACACAAACAUAAUAAAACAAAAUAAAGUCCAGGCCUGGUCCUCUCUCGUCCUUCACUGUCGUUGCUCCUCCUUUUAUGCUUCCGGAGCUCCUCCGUGAGAGACUCGAGGCCGGUGCGCCUCACAGGUGGAGCUCGUUAACUCUCGCGUCACCGGCCUCGCGCCGUUCCCUCACGGCUCUCGCCCGCCCUGCUCGUCACAUACCCCCAUCGCCCCUCGCAGGCCGGGGGGUACUCCCGAGACUGCGCUCUACUCCCCCCCCGGGGCCUGUCUCGGCGGCCGCAGCACCUGGGGGUAAGGACAGACGAGACGAGAGAAAGGAGACGGAAGCAAGGGGAGCGACAGAACGAGAGAGGGAAGAGAGGAAAAAAAAAAAAAAAAAAAAAAAUUCUUGGUCCGGUUCCCUGACACACUGCCGCUCGGUCCUCAGCCUGCCGAGAGGCUCUUCCUCGCGGUGCCAUGCGAUGGCACUGGACGCUCGGUGGACGGCCCGAUCCUCGACCGCCUCCUGGCGGCCGGCGAUGGCUCCUCCGGCUGAGGGCAGCCGGCAGCGAAUCCGCCGUUCCCUGCUCCUCCCCUUCAUGGCGGACGGUAGCAGGCUCCGGCCCACGGCAAACGACGGCAUUCCUCCGCUCCCUCCAGGACGGCAGCCACCCCACCUCGUCCCAGGAGCACGGCAUCCGGGUCUCCGUCCCACCUUUCACAAGGCUCCAGUACCACCGCCUCGGGCAGCCUCUCGCGGUCUUCACUCCCGCGCUGCCCGAACUCCGCAGCACCGCGAUCCCCCUCAGCAGCGAGGGCUCUCCGACAGCAUGUCCCUCCUUCCUCCCGGGUUUCGGCACCAAUGUAACACAGUUCGUAUGAUGGGGGAAGAAGGAGGCGGGAACCGGCGAACAUUCAAACAAUAAACUUUAAUAAAAUAAACAAAGAACAAAACGAAAGUAAUGCCGGCAGACCCUCGCGGACGUCUGCCGGCCACACAAACAUAAUAAAACAAAAUAAAGUCCAGGCCUGGUCCUCUCUCGUCCUUCACUGUCGUCGCUCCUCCUUUUAUGCUUCCGGAGCUCCUCCGUGAGAGACUCGAGGCCGGUGCGCCUCACAGGUGGAGCUCGUCAACUCUCGCGUCACCGGCCUCGCGCCGUUCCCUCACGGCUCUCGCCUGCCCUGCUCGUCACACCUACAUUAAUUGGAAAUGCCAAAUCCUCUUAAUAUUGCCAAUAUUUGAUGCUUUUGAUUUGACAGUAUGUCUGUCUAUCGUCGAUACAUGAUCAUUGUCUGUUGGCGCAACCCAGCACGGGGGUUAUCACGGGCCCAAUAUUCAACCGUAUUGGUUGAGUAAACUAUGAGCUCCCACUAAACUCUAAUAAAAGCCAUAGAAGGUUUAAGAAUGAGUGAGAGAAACAAGGCAAGAGAAACCAAGAAAGAAACAGGCAAGGAAACUAACCAAGAAGAGAGAGGAAAUAUGAGACAGAAGAAGAUGGAGACACAAUGAGACUCACUGCAAACAUGUCUGGAUGAUACCAGAAAACCCAAGACUUUCAAAACUGAAUUUAACACAUUCAAAGAUGAUCUCAAAAGACAAAUGCAGAGUAAAUUGGCAGAGUUUAAUGAAGACAUUGAUGUUCUGUUCCUGUAUUUCUUUCCUUGUUGCUUCUAACUCAAAGUUGAGGGAAUUAAGUAAAUACAUCUGUGUUGUGCUUUAUUUUCUUUGUUUUUAUAUUCAGUAUAAUCAUUUAUCAUCAUCAGUCAUGUAUGUAUUUGUCAUUUGUCAUUUACACAUUUUAUUAUUUCAUCAUUUAUUCAUUUUAUUAUUAUUCAUUUAUUUUUGUAUAUUUUAUGUUACGUAUUUUCUUGUUACUGUAGUUAAUCUUCUGAUUGUGGGUUUCACAGAAUGUGGCAUGUUUGUCUUCAUGAAUAAGAGAUCAGAGGAAUAUCACAGAUUCAGGGUUUUAUGGGAUGUUGAUGUGAAGCAGUCUGGAAUAAACACACUUGUAGUAU